CUUGAAAAACAUUUAAUUGCUUUACGAUUACCAUUCAUGAAAGUUACAAAUUUAACAUCAGGUAAAUUAUCAAGUAGAUUAGCACAAAAAGGUACUAAAGGAUCACUUCAUUGUGUACCAUCAGAUGUACAAGAUACAGUAACCAUCUUACCUCGUCCAGUUGAUAAAUCUAUGAUGGUUCGAUUGCAAUUGAAACGACGAUUGAAGUAUAAAGCUGUGUGGGAAGAACAAUUAAUAAAUCCAAAUGAUGUAAGAGAUGCACUUUUUGUUUUAACUAAAAUACAUCCAGGUUAUAAAAAUAUAAAGAUAAAUGAUAUUAAUGAAGAUUAUCUUACGUCUGAUCAAGAAAAAAAUUACGAAAAUAACAAUGAAUCAGUAGUUGAACCAAUGGAUGUUGACACAAUUUCAGAAGAAAAUAUCAUUGAGGAAACACAAGUAUCUAAUGAAAAUCGUCUAAAAACAUUAGCAUUAGGUGAUAUUGAUAAUACUAUUAAUAGUGAUGAAGAAAUUGAUGAAGAUGAUAAAGAUAUUCGAACUAAAUAUAAUAUUGGCACAGAUUCAUGUACUCAACCAUGUGAUUUUAAUGAUUUUUUAGUCUUCGAUAAAGAGCCAUAUGUAGUGGCACCAGCUGAAAAAAAUAAAUUGAGUUCAUUACUGACAGAUAAAACAAUUGAAGCAUUAGCCUUUCCUCAUUUAUUUCCAGAUGGACAAGGCUCAUAUGAUGAAGAACGUGAAAUUGAUCUAAAAUGGAAAGAAUAUUGUAAAGCACGUUUAUUUUCAUCAGAUUCUCGUUUUGCUGCUGAUUCAAGUUAUAUCUUUUAUCUACAGUAUUUAGGUGACUUGAAACAAGUGUAUUCCGGAAUCAAUAUCGCUUUCCGAAAAAAGUUACCAAUGAGUGCCAAAAUAAAGUUUGGGUGA